UGCCCCAUCCCUGGACACGUCCAAGGCCAGGGUUUACAGGGCUUGGAGCAACCUGGGAUAGCGGAAAGUGUCCCUGCCCAUGGGAGAGGUGGAACGAGGUGAGCUUUAAGUCCCCUUCCAACCCAAACCCUUCCAUGAUUCCUGGAUUCCAUGUCUGUGUUUCCUGAAGGCCCAAUGUUUUCUAGGUGAUGCCACUGAGAACUGUGAGAAAAGACAGUUCCUGCCCCAAAUAAACUCCAGCCUGCCCAGGGAAAGCAGGAUGAUUAUUGUUUUUCCCAGAAAGGAACUAAAUUGAAUUGUAGAUUUACCCAAACAUUUCCAAUCCAAGAGAUUCCCUAUCCCAUAGGCUGGUCUCCAGCUUUCACCCCCAGUUCUUUGCUGUGACCUUUUUCCUGCCAAAUUUCUCCUAUUGAUUUUCUGGUUUUGUUUCUGAGAUGGCCUGGGAACACCUCCCAAACAAAGCAUCCCCUGAGCACUGGGUGAUGUCUCUGGGGUCCCUGUGCACGGAUUCCCUGCAGGCUCUUGAAGGGAAGAGGGUUUUGGCAGCACAUGUCACUGCACAGGAUUGGUGUUGUAUUACACCAGCUCCAAUCAGGGUCCCGAUGGAACUCUGCAGGCUUCUGGAAAUUAAUUUCUUAAGAACUGGGCAGAAAAAUCCUGUAAAUUCCACAGGGUCAGGAAAAAGGGCAUCCUUCAGCUGCAAAAGUGUAAUCAUCCGAGGAUUUUGCUGCAGAAACACAGCUGGGGACUUGAGUUUUAGUUUGACAGGAGCAGGACAUCAAAUAAAUUCCUAUUUUCUGAGUGGGAAUGAUGGAGCUGAUGAGAGGCUGGGAUGGAUGGGGGCCUGAUCCUCCUAUGGCCCCAGGCAGGGUGUGGGGAAUUCCACCUACCUGGAGUAGUGAAGGGAGGAUGGGAAGAGCUGAUGGAGCAGGGGCCGGACAGCACUGUCCUUUGUGUUUGUUUCAAAAGCACUGGAGUCAUGAGCAGAGAAUAAGGACCAUAAAUGUGAUGCUCUGUGAUAUAGAGGCUGCUGGAGUGGCACUAAAUCCUGAAGUACUCCCCAGUGAAAGUGAAUGAGAUACUUUUUUUCCUUUUUAAAAAAUAAUUUUCCCGUAUCUAAGCUGGAGCAGUGAGGAACAUCCAGAUUAACCAGCCUAUGGAUUGGGAACACAGCUCUGGAGAGAAAAGGAGAGAGAGAUGAUUGAAGAGACCAACAAGGUGGCACAAGCUACAUUUCCUUUAGGAAACCAGGCUAGAAAUUAAACCCUUUCCAAUAAACAAAUAAAGCCAAUAGCAGGAUUGCGCUGUCUUUAUUUUACACCUUUCAUUUUAUGACUGCAUUGUGUCUGCAAUACGCCAGCAGCGAGCAAGGGCUAAAUCUAUUAAGUUCACACAGGGAUAAGAGAUGCAAAUGCAGAAACGGAACACUGAGGUUUACGGAGGUGGGGAAAUAAGGAAACAGUGACAGUUGUCGGUGGGACGCGGCACUACGGGAUUCUCGGGACACCCGCGCGCUUCCAGUGUUUCAGCCCAGUCGUUCCUUCACUGCUUUACUCUGGCCAGCUCUGCCUUUAACCUGCAAGUGGCAACACCUGGGGGGAAGCCCAUUGACUUUGUGGAUGUGAACGAGGCCAACACGCGCUGGAUCCAGGACUUCCGCAUGAAAUCCUACGCCAGCCCCGCCAAGCUGGAGUCCAUCGAUGGGGCUCGGUACCACGCCCUGCUGAUCCCAAACUGCCCCGGGGCUGUGACUGACCUGGCCAACAGCGGCUACCUGGCCAAGAUCCUGCAGCACUUCAGCACUGAGAGCAAGCCUAUCUGUGCUGUGGGACAGGGAGUGGCCGCUUUGUGUUGUGCCACCAAUGAGGAUAAAUCCUGGGUUUUCCAGGGAUACAGCCUGACAGGGCCCUCUGUGUACGAGCUGGUGAGGCAGCCCAAUUUUGCCAGUUUGUCCAUUAUUGUGGAGGACUUUGUGAAGGAUUCUGGAGCUACAUUCAGUGCCAGCAGCCCAGAUGCUGUCCAUGUGGUGCUGGACAGGCACCUGGUGACAGGACAGAAUGAGAAUUCCACCCUUCCUGCUGUCCAGAACCUCCUGAUUCUUUGCAAUGUCAGCAGGAAAUGAAGGGGAAGGUCUGUUUGCAAAGAGGAUGGAUGAAGAGCCAGCAGGCUGAGGAUUUCCAUGGCUGUGACCUGGAUGAAGACCCCUCUGAACCCCUGUCCUGGACUCUGAACUGACUGUGGCAGUGCCAGGUUCUGUGUGGAUGGAAUGGAUGGAGGUUGUCAGAAGCAGCUGGGACACUCCCUUAUAUUUUUGCUGCUCCAUUUUUUCACUGCUUCUCUAGACCCUCAGUUUACAGAUGUGGGGAGCCAUCUCCUCAAAACCCCCCAGAAGUUGGUGCUGUGAAUACAAAUUGCUGAAGCUGUGCUGGUGCACAGCGUGCCCUUGUUUUUUCUUCCUGUUCACAUGGCUGGAAUUGUGUUCAGAAAGUUUGCUCAGCUUUUUUUUUAACGUGGUCCUACAAUUGUUUAUUUGUCCUCCUUUGUGCUGCUUAUGUUGUGGGUUUUGUUCUCUUGGGAAUGCUCCUCUCUGGGAGUACACUGCUGCUGUCUCUUGCUGGAAUUUUGUGGACUAGGGCAAUGAAAAUGCAGGUGGUUAAUGUGGGUCCCAUGUGAGGACCCAGCUGUGGGGUGGAGUCUGGACUCCUCCUUCCUUCUGAGCUGCAGGUGUGGCUUGAAGCUGAGCAUGGCAAGGAAUAACCAGACUGAGUUGUUUUUUUUUUUAAAUUGUUGCAGGCUCAAACAUACAAAAUUAUUGGAAAGUAGAUAAAUUAACUUUUAGAUAAUUGAUUUUCCUUCCCUCUUGGAAUUGUGGGCAGCAUUUCUCCAGUGCUCUAAAGAAAUUGGGUUAUUUUCUUACAAUAUUACAAUAUUUUGGUUCUAACCAAUCAUCAAGUCAGGAAAUUUUCUCUUUUCUGUGUAAAAUCCUUUUUUUUUAGCUCUGUCUCAAGAAUUCAGUGUGAUUUGAAAAGACAGAGUGCUGUGGGUUUUGCUGGGUCUUCUGCUGUUGCAUUCUGGAGCCCAGCUUACAGAACUUUGGCAUUGAUGGAAAUGAAAACCAGAAUUUGAAAUGAAAAUUGUGCUUUGAUAGAUAUUAAAUGAUCAAUCAGCUUUGAUAAUUUAAAUCUUCAUUCCUGACAAGCCAUCUUGGGGAUUAGAUGCUGACACCACCAGGAAAUACUUUCAGUCUGGAAAGCCACAUCUUGUUUGUGAGGUGGGAGACUGUAUUUCCUUAGGGUCUUUGUUUCCAUGGGAUUUUGCCAAAAUUGCUACAUCUUUUCUUUGCUUACCUGUAAAAAUAGAAAUUGGUGUCUACUCUG